CAAUGGGAGAUAAAGGGGAUAUGGGACUUGGCAUUCCUGGAUCUCGUGGUUCUCCUGGUCAAAAAGGUGACCGUGGUAUAAAGGGAGAAAGAGGUCCAAUUGGAGACAAAGGAAAUAUGGGUCCAACUGGAGAUAAGGGAGAAAAGGGUUGUGAUGGAAUGAAAGGUGACAAAGGUGAUCCUGGCUUGAAUGGGACUGCUGGAGCAAGAGGGCCUCCAGGACUGAAGGGAAUUAAAGGAUCAAAAGGAGUAAAAGGAAUGAAAGGUAUUAAUGGUACUAAAGGAGACAAAGGUGAUUCUGGUCGAAGAGGUUUUCCAGGAAAAAAUGGCUUACCUGGACGCACUGGCCCUCCUGGAAAAGAUGGCGCACCAUGCAUGAAGGGACAAAAAGGAGAAAAGGGGAAUAAAGGAGAGAAAGGAAGUAAUGGUACUAAGGGAGAAAGAGGACCUAUUGGAAUGAAAGGGAAAAUGGGAAAAAAAGGAGUCUCUGGGUAUGAGGGAAGAACAGGAAAACCAGGAUCCAAUGGAAUACCUGGGAUACCAGGAAGAGCUGGACCACCUGGAAACAAGGGAAUGAAAGGAGAUAAAGGCUCCAAAGGAGAGAGAGGACUAAAAGGAGAAACUGGAAGAACUGGAUUAACUGGCUCAGAUGGUUUCAAAGGAGAAAAGGGAGACGUUGGAGAAAUGGGAACACCUGGUAUUAAUGGUACUGAUGGCUUAAAAGGAGAUAAAGGAUAUAAAGGAGAUAAAGGAAUGAAAGGACCAUCGGGACGUGAUGGAAUAAAAGGCGAAAAAGGAAUGAAAGGACCUCCAGGAAAAGUUGGAAAAAUAGGAAAAACAGGGUUACAAGGAGAGAAAGGAGAAAAGGGUGUUAAAGGUGAUCCAGGACCACCUGGAAAUGUCACAGGAGUAAUGGGUCCAGUUGGACGAAAAGGACUAAUGGGACGUAGAGGUCCACCUGGAAAGCGUGGUCAGAUAGGACCUAUUGGACCUCCUGGGCUAAAAGGACUUAAAGGCAUGAAAGGAAAUCCAGGAGAUGUAGGACCACAAGGACCUAAAGGUAUGAAAGGAGACAAAGGAGUUCAAGGAGAAAAAGGACCACCUGGCAAUCAAUCCACUACAUUACCAGGUCCUCGUGGAGACCCAGGACAACCUGGGAUCCGAGGCUAUAAAGGUGUUAAUGGUAGUAAAGGAAUGAUUGGUCCA